AUGUAAUAUAAAUAGCAAUUGAAUAUAUCUAUUAAAUAAAUAGAGGAAGACUUAAACGGUAAUGAUACAUCUCCAUCAAGAUAAUAUGAUUCUUUUAAAUUGAUAAAUAAUCUUUCAAUAAAGACAAAAGAUUCUUUAGAACAAAAGUUUAAAUAAAUAAAAAGAAGAUAAAAUCAUCAUAAAUCAGAAAUCCAUCAGCCUACAAAGAUGGCAAUUGAUAUUAAAUAAAAUGAAACUGAUAAAAGAGGAGCAACAUGUGAAUAAUUACCAAGUGAUUUGUAAAUUGAAACUUAGAUUAGAUAAUAAAAAAAAAAAAAUAUUAAAGUAUCUGAAUUAAGUGUAAGUAAAAAUAAUGUCUUAGAAUCAAACUCAUCAUCAUACAGUUCAAAAAUAGGGUCAAAAUAAAAUUGUGUUAAAGGAAUUUUGAAAAAAUAAACAUUAGAAUCCUCAUUUUCAGAUAAUAAUUCUAGGAGUAGCAGUAUUGAAAGUAGAAAAAGCGUCAAAUUUAAUUUGGUUUAGCCAAAUAUUCGAAUAGCAUUGAAUUAAUGGAAAUGA